AUGGCUUUAGUUACAUCACAUAUGAAUGCCAAUGUACCAUCUGCCAAUUUAUUUGGAACACCAGUUAGUGAUAAAAAUUCUUCUAAUGGACAAAAUAUAACCAAUAAUAGUAAUGGAGGACUACAAAAACAACAUCAUAAAAGUCAUCAUACUUCUAAUUCACAUCAUCAUAAUCAAAGAGGGGGGCAGGGAACCCUUGAAGCUAUUUACAAUUCAACAUUAACCAAUAAUGAUUAUACUGAUACUGUAAAUAAAACAGAAACUAAUUUAAUCAAAGCAAUUUUUAAUGAACAAAAUGUUGCCUUUAUGGAUCAGACAUCACCAAAACGUUAUGAACCAGAUCGACCAAUUGGUUAUGGUGCAUUUGGUGUUGUAUGGUCUGUUACUGAUCCAAGAAAUCAUAAAAAAGUUGCUUUGAAAAAAAUGCCUAAUGUUUUUCAAAAUUUAGCAUCAUGUAAAAGAGUUUUUAGAGAAAUAAGAAUGUUAGAUAGUUUUAGGCAUGAUAAUGUCCUCGGUCUAUUAGAUAUUCUUCAACCAACUGAUAAACAUUUUUUUCAAGAAAUUUAUAUAUUAACAGAACUUAUGCAAUCUGAUCUUCAUAAGAUUAUUGUAUCUCCACAACCAUUAACAUCAGAUCAUAUUAAAGUAUUCGUCUAUCAAAUACUUAGAGGUUUAAAAUACCUUCAUUCAGCUAAUAUACUUCAUAGAGAUAUUAAACCUGGAAAUCUUCUUGUUAACUCUAAUUGUAUUUUAAAAAUUUGUGAUUUUGGUUUAGCUAGAAUAUGGAAUCCUAAAGAACAAAUAAAUAUGACACAUGAAGUUGUUACACAAUAUUAUCGUGCACCAGAAUUACUUAUGGGAGCCAGAAAAUAUACAGGAGCUAUUGAUGUAUGGUCAGUAGGAUGUAUUUUUGCUGAACUUCUUGGUAGAAGAAUUUUAUUUCAAGCUCAAGGUCCAAUUGAACAAUUAAAUAUGAUUGUUGAUUUACUUGGAACACCUAAUACUGAUGAAAUGAAAAAUGCUUGUGAUGGUGCCAAAAAUUAUAUAAUGAGAAGUGCUUAUAGACAACCAAAUACAAUGAAAUUUUAUUCACUUUCACAUCAAGCUAGUCAUGAAGCUGUACAUCUUCUUAUAUCUAUGUUAAUGUUUGAUCCAGAAAAAAGAAUGAAUGUUGAUGAUGCAUUAUCUCAUCCAUAUCUAGAAGAAGGCCGAAUGAGAUUUCAUAGUUGUAUGUGUAGUUGUUGUUAUACUACACCAAGAAAAGAAAGAAUAUUUGCCAAAGUUUCUGAUCCAGGUCAUCAAAUGCCAUUUGAUCCAAAAUGGGAAAAAGAAUUAACAAGAUUAUCAAUGUUUGAUUUAAGAGAACGUCUUUAUAAAUAUAUAACUGAAAGAACUCCAUUAUUUGGAAUUCCACUGUGUAUCAAUACAAACAGUGCCUCAUACAGAGAUUUUGUUAAUAGUUCAGUUGCACAGGCUUCAGAACUACCACCAUCACCGAAUGCUUGGGAUUAA